CGCCCUUGUCUGUUGCCGUAGUUCCUGUAAACACGGAAGUGAGUUUACCGUAACCCUAAAGCGCGCAUAUAGCAAUCGACUGAUUCGUCUAGUUUCUAUAAUAACUAAUUACUCAUUCAUUUCAAUUUAGUAGUUUCAUCUUUUCACAUUGAAGGACCUCGGGGGGUACUUUUGAAGCGUAUUCUCGUGCCUUGAAAAUGUGUUGCACCACGUUAGCUUAGCUUUACCAUGACCGAUAAAAUACGGAAAACGUUCAAAUUUGUCGUCGUCGGAGGUGGCAUAGCGGGGGUGACGUGUGUUGAGCAGUUGUCAUCUAGUUUCCCGUCAGGUGACGUCGCUCUGAUUACCGCAGGCUCCCACAUCAAGGCAGUGACAAACUACAAACAGGUGGCCAAGGUUCUGGAAGAGUUUGAUGUGGAGGAGCAACCAACCAGUGUUCUGCAGGAGAAAUUCCCCAACUUGACUGUCAUUCCCUCUGCCGUCAAAGCACUGCACACACAAUCACAUUUGGUCAAAACUGCAGAUGGACACGUUUAUGGGUACGAGAUACUGUGCAUCUGCAGCGGUGCCAGACCAAAGCUGCUAUCCCCGGACAAACCAUACGUGCUGGGACUUCGGGACACGGAUAGCGCCCAGGAGUUUCAGAAGCGGUUAGCCAAAGCCAAGCGGAUAAUCGUGAUCGGAAAUGGAGGGAUCGCCUUGGAGUUGGUGUACGAGGUGGAGGGUUGCGAGGUGAUCUGGGCCGUGAAGGACGACGCCAUCGGAAACACCUUCUUCGACGCGGGAGCGGCGCAGUUCCUCGCCCCGUCGCUGGGCGCCGACAAACCGGAGCGAGCCGCUCCCUGCAAGAGGGCUCGCUACACCACGGAAGACCCGACAGCCGCCGAGGCUCAGACCUUCACGGCAGAUCGUCACACCAGAGGGCGCCGAUCUGGUCCCACGGAGCCUGGCAGUGCACUCGGUCCAGACUGGCACCAGGGGCUGGUUCUCAAAGGAGCAGAGAGGGCGUCCCGCAGAGUUUCAGUGGAAUAUCAGUGUGAGGUGGAACAGAUCUUCAACUCUGAGGAGAUGCUCCAAUCCCAAACACACAGACCCGAAACUGAGGGAACCUGGCCAGUUUAUGUCCGGCUGACUAACGGCAAGACGGUUGGGUGCGAUUUUGUCGUGAGCGCUACGGGUGUCACGCCCAACACGGAGCCAUUUCUACUCGGCAACAAUUUCGCGCUGGCAGAUGACGGCGGCCUCCGAGUCGAUGAGCGCAUGGCGACGUCGGAACCGGACGUGUACGCCGCCGGAGACGUGUGCUCGGCGUGCUGGAAGCACAGCCCGCUGUGGCAACAGAUGCGUUUGUGGACGCAGGCUCGUCAGAUGGGCUGGCACGCCGGCCGCUGCAUGGCCGCGCGCGUCCUGUCCGAACCCAUAGAGCUGGACUUCUGCUUCGAGCUCUUCUCUCACAUCACUAAAUUCUUCAACUACAAGGUGGUGCUGCUCGGAAAGUUCAACGCGCAGGGCUUGGGGUCCGACUACGAGCUGCUGCUGCGCUGCACCAAAGGCCAGGAGUAUGUCAAGGUGGUUUUGCAAGGGGGCAGGAUGGUCGGAGCAGUGCUGAUCGGGGAAACCGACUUAGAGGAGACCUUUGAGAACCUCAUCUUGAACCGGAUGGAUCUCACAGCGUACGGGGAAGACCUGCUGAACCCCGACGUUGAUAUAGAGGACUACUUUGAUUGAGGCACAAUUUAUAUAUGACAUAAUAAUGACUUGGCGGCUGGUAAAGCGAUGGCCUCACAGUUCUGAGGUCCCGGGUUCGAUCCCGGACCCGCCUGUGUGGAGCUUGGAUAUUCUUCCUGUGCCUGCGUGGGUUUUCUCCGGGCACUCCGGUUUCCUCCCACAUCCCAAAAACAUACAUUAAUUGGACACUCUAAAUUGCCCCAGUUCAGGGUGUAGCACGCCUCUUGCCCGUCGACAGCUGGGAUAGGCUCCAGCACUCCCGCCACCCUUGUGAGGAUAAGCCGCGAAGAAAAUGAAUGGAUGGAUGGAUGGAUGGAUAAUGACUUGUGCCUUGGAAAAGCUCCUAGAAAUGUCUUUUCUUUGACAUGUUCCCCAAAAUGAUUUGAACCCGAAAUCAAAAUCAGCUGAGCUCAUCUACUGCAUGUCGUUAAUGUGUAAUAAAUGAGUAAUCCGUUUUAACUACAGAUGCAAAACGGUGGAAAAUUUCCAGUAGAUUUCCAAGGGAAGCUUAGAUGGGGGGGAUUGUGGGAAAUAACUGGAAACUCUUCGUGGGAAUUAACUCGAGAUUCAGGCAUCAAGCAUCAAUAUAAACAUUUGAGUUUGUCAUAAGCAGACAUAUAGUUUCCACAUUUGAAAAUUGAAAGACUUUUGCAACCCUAGUUUUAUUGUCAAGCAGAAAAGUAGGUGACUCAGCUCACCUCUCCCUGCGUCUGUUUUUUUUUUUUUUUUUUUUUUUUUUUCUCGAAACACUUGAGUUGCUAAGUAGAUCACAUUUCAAUCCAAAUAGCUCCUCCUGCGCCUCAGCUGUCCUUGGACCAGUUGACGAGAUUAAGUUCACAUAGUGCUGCCCAUUGUUUCCCAGGAAGUGUUGCGCUCAGGGAUGUUUCUGUUUGGGUGGAAAAAAAAAAUCCCCUGACAAGCUUGCUUUAAAAAAAAAAAAAAGACAAAA